CGGGCCGCUACGCGAGUUCCGGGCGGGGCGUUCCCCGCGCCCGUAGCAACCGGAGCGUUCGCGGUAUCCACGGCACCAUGGCAAAAGCAACGACCAUAAAAGAAGCUCUAGCCAGAUGGGAAGAGAAAAGUGGCCAGAAGGCUUCAGAGGCAAAGGAAGUGAAACUGUAUGGACAGGUUCCUCCUGUGGAAAAGAUGGAUGGCGCUCUCUCUGCUCUUGUUAACUGCGAGAAACUGUCGCUGUCUACAAAUUGCAUUGAUAGAAUCGCCAACUUGAACAACCUAAAAAAUUUGAGGAUACUGUCUUUGGGAAGAAAUAACAUAAAGAACUUGAAUGGAUUGGAGGCAGUUGCUGAAACUUUAGAGGAGCUGUGGAUCUCAUACAACUUAAUUGAGAAACUGAGGGGUAUCCGUGUAAUGAAGAAACUGAAGGUUCUUUAUAUGUCAAAUAAUUUGGUGAAAGACUGGGCAGAGUUUGUGAGACUGGCAGAGCUGCCAGUACUAGAGGAGCUGGUGUUUGUAGGAAAUCCACUACAAGAGAAAUUUGCUGCUGAUCAGAACAGCUGGAUUGAAGAAGCAACCAAACGGGUACCCAAGCUGAAAAAGCUGGAUGGUACCUUAGUUGUUAAAGGAGAAGAGGAAGAAGGGGCAGAAGGAGCAGAAGGAGCAGAAGGAGGAAACUGAUGACACUUUCUUGUUGGGUAUUAAAUUAUUAAAGCAACUCCAGAUAGCUUGGCACAUAAACUUUUAUAAAAGUAUGUUUUGAAGAAAAUCUUUGGGAAGUUUUUAAAAGACCAGCUUAUCUCCACAGUCUCUCACCCAAAGAGUUAGUUACCAAAAAUUGCUCACACUGGUUUUGUCAAGCUUAUGACACCUUCUGUAGAGACUAGUGGAGCUGAGUUUACAUGCUGUUUGGCUAGCAAAAAUUUAUUUAAAUUAAUACAUAGCUAUUUUUAAUUCCUGAUUAGUGGUGCUUGUUGUUCACUCUUGGGUUGUAAAAGAACCAUUUUAGCUUAUUUGGUGCUGGUGGCCAACAUUGAAUUGGAAACUCUGAGGCCAAAAAAACAAUGUUGUGAUUUAGAAAUACCUGACAAGCUUUGUUGUGUUUAAUUUUGUCAUGGGACUUUCUCAAUCUUUUUAAUAUGGGAGUUUGCCUUUUCAUUCCUUGAAGUCAAACAGGGUCAGUAGUUGCAGACAUACGCACAAAAAGGUAUUGGUCUGAUGAGUGCUUGUUCCUGGCCUUAGGUCUUGAAAUGGGCUUCUCACGUUGGAACUCAACUGCAUUGCUUAGGAGGCCAUGUAUAACUUAUAUAUUUAUUUAUUUUUAAGAGGCAGUGGGAAUUCUUUCCAUGGUUUCAGUAAGACUAAAAUACCUACUAACUUUGGGGUUUGUCUCUUACUAAGAAAUUACUUUAGAUUGGAAUAUGUGGCUACAGCUGGUUUCUGGCUUUGGAUUGGGUCCUGGUGGACAUAACCCUUCUCAGUUCUGGAAUCUUCCUAUAACGAAGUAGGCUGAUAGUAACAGAGAAUCUAAGAGCAAACAGAAGACCUGGGCUCAAAGACAUAAAAUUUUCGUUGUGGGGAUACUCAUUUUUUGUGAAAGCACAGGUAAAAGCAGUAAGAAAAGGUAUAUGUAGUUAGUGGGGAUGGUGAGAUGAGGUGAGGUGAGAUGAGAUAUGAGAUGAAAUGAUGAGAUGAGAUGAGAUGAGAUAUGAGAUAAAAUGAUGAGAUGAGAUGAGAU